GGGAACAAUAAUUACAUCGGCAUAGCGCAAGCGUAGGUUCAGGGCCGUGGGCUUCACCUCUGCUUCCUCCUUUUUGAUGAGCUCCCUCCCUCUGCCUCCUCUCUGCGACAAUCAAUUCCAAUUCCAACCAAAAUGAACACCGCCAUGAAAGCGGCUCUCACAAACUCCAAACUCAACUGCUGCAUUUAUGUGAGGGCCGCCCUCUUUCAUUCCACCCCCGUCUUGGAUCGUAAGCGACGCUCUUACUGGCAACCUAGAUUGAACAACCAUGGAAGAAGAUCCAGAAGGCUCCAUGGAAAGCAAGCGUUACUGAGGAAUGUCAAUGCUUAUGCAGACUUCUUAUUUCAGAGUUGGCAGAACGAAUACGAUGAGGAGGAGGAGCCAUCAUCAAGUAGAGGCAGCUCAUGGUUUAAAAAACAAUACUCAGCCAAGGGGUCCAAAAAGAAGUCAGGCGAUCAAGGAGCCUGGAAUUACGGAAGAAAUGAUUUCUGGUUUUGUGAAGAAGAUGGAGACGUGGAGACGAUUUUCCGAUCCAUGUUUGGUGGAAACAAAUUUUAUUAUUGGUCAUUCAUUAAUGAAGAGAAUUCACAGCGGAGGAGCUCCAGUAAUUACUCUAACUAUGGGAGGUCUUGGAAUUGGAGACAUAACAAUAAGGAAGAGUAUCAAUAUGAUUCUGAGCCUGAGAAUUUGGAGUCAGAUGAAAGGUUGGCCCUCGGGUUGCGUGCUUCGGGCCCUCUAACACUUGAUGAUGUCAAGAAUGCAUAUCGAAUCUGUGCGCUGAAAUGGCAUCCAGACCGUCACCAAGGUUCUUCCAAGGUGGCUGCAGAGGAAAAGUUCAAGCUUUGCAGCGCGGCAUAUCAAUCAUUAUGCGGUAAAUUGGCUGUGAACUGAGGAUGCUCCAAGCCGGCUAAUGUAGUGUAGUCACAGAGGUGGCUAGUAGGUGUAACAUAAUAUCACAUUUUUAUUGAAGGUUGUAGUUUUUUAGCCGAUUACGAGUGAAGCUCGAAUUGGAGGUGACCAGGCUAAUUAAGGAUGAUGGUUUACCACCGUAUGAAGGGGUUGUCGAAACUUAUUUAUGAAACAAGGCAGGGGUGAGUGCAUGGGGGUUUCAAAGGGGCACGGCAGAAAGUACAAUAAUCAUCCAACGAUAGCUGCAUCAGGCAGCUUUGCACUGCCGGAAGUAUGUCUGCAUGCUUUUAAUUUAUAAUUUUUAUUUACUGAGGUUGUAAGAAGCAGCAUUUAUUUAUUUUUCGCAAUGUUGAGAAUCCUUGAGAUAUAGAAAAUAGAGACUUUAUAAUUGAGUC